CAGUACACCCUAAACCAUCGUCGCGGUUAGAAGAUCUCUUGCACCUUCGUAUCCGUACACGUGCAUAUAGACACACGUACGCAGGCAGGCACGCAGGACUGUCCCACGCAUAUUAUACCUACACGUAGAUACGCGCACACGUACCAUACGCAUGCACCAGCGUCGUCCACCCACGCACCUGAGGGAGAACGCGUGGCUAUUUACCCCCCUGUUUACGAUACGUCCGGCCAGUGUAUCCGUUAGCUCGUUUGUUUAUUCCAAUUGCCUACUCUGCCCUGCCUCUGCUCUUCCGAUUCGUCAGUGAUUUCAAUUCAUUCACACACGCACGCACCCACACGAACACACACACACACACACACACACACACGCCCGCGCGUACGCGUACGCGUACGUCUCUCCCUCCUACCCUCCAAAUGAUGGUGUUCAUUUAUCGUCGCGUACGCUCCGUCCCUCGUACUCGCUACAGUGAAACUGGAAACGUAUCCUCGAUAAUCUCACGUUGAUUUAUGUAUGUGCCACAGCUUUUUUAAUCGCAUUCCCGUGUCACGUACCGAGUCACGCUCUCGCUCGAAUUCAGCCGGAUCGAGUAUUUUUGCCCUUCGGGCUGCGCUUCGACACCGUCAUCACCACCGGCGUGGAUCCUAAAAUCCAGGCUGCGUGCACGUAAUCCAGCAGCACAGUGUCGUGGGACGAAAGUGGCGGGUGGUGUGUUUACUGUGGUGGCGGCGAGGGUAUUAUCCUGACGAAACUAAAACUGGUCAGGUCAGUAACACGGGAUGCGACUAAAGCCCUGCCUCGUAACCUUCUAUCUCCUGUUGCUUUCGAUCGUCUCGACUUAUAUUGCCCCUGUACUUGGUUCUGAUAUACUUCGUUACAAGCGCUCGAAACAUCAUUAUUUUACGGUGGACAACGAUGGCGUGUCGUCGGGCACCGAGAGUCCUCCAUCCACCACGCCGACCUCUACGGAUGAUGAAGCCGCAGACUCGGAGAACCGGCACGUCCACAAGAACGACAACGACGACGACGACGACGACGACGACGACAACGACAACGGUGACGAUCCGUGCCUGGUGAAGUAUUGCGGCGCGGGCAGAGAGUGCCAGAUCUCCGCGGACGGCGAGGAGAUCGUCGCCGCGUGCGUCUGCGUUCGAAGAUGCGCGCGAAGACAUCGACCGGUCUGUGCGAGCAAUGGCAGGGUAUACGUCAAUCACUGCGAGAUGCACCGCGCGGCCUGCAACGCCGGCACGCCGUUAACCGCGCGAAGACUCGCCAGAUGCCUCAGCAAUGGUAAUUACAGCGCGCAGGCACGAAAGGAUUUCUUCGCGUACCAUGUCUCCUCGAAAAGCAAGACUACCGCUAAGUACGCCAAGUCCAAGAAUAAGAUGAAGCAUCAUCCGGAGGGCAAAUCGAUCUCACGAAAGAACGGUCACGGUAUCGAGGAGUGUUCGGCACAAGAAUACGAGAUUAUGAAAGACAACUUACUUCUGUAUAGCCACGCCAGAUUAAUGGCCGAGGAUAAUCACAGCAAGGAAUACUUGGUCAGCAUCAUGUUUUCCCACUACGACAGAAACAACGAUGGCAAUUUGGAGCGGGAAGAGCUCGUGCAGAUCGCCAAGGAAGAAAACAUGGAAGAGCUAUGCGCGGGUUGCAAUUUGAGCCACAUGAUCAGUUACGAUGACGCCGAUGGUGACGGCAAGUUGAACGUUAACGAAUUCUACAUGGCCUUCAGCAAGCUUUACAGUGUAUCGGUGGUAUCGUUGGAUAAAUCCCUCGAAGUGAAUCACAUAUCCGCGCGAGUCGGGGACAACGUUGAGAUUAAGUGCGACGUCACGGGAACACCACCUCCGCCUUUGGUCUGGCGUCGUUAUGGCACGGACGUGGAAACCCUCAGCGAACCGGAGAUUCGCGUUCUCAACGACGGCAGUCUCUAUCUGACAAAUGUGCAGUUGGAACAUGCUGGUAAUUACACGUGCCACGCUCUCAGGAACCAGGACGUGGUGCAAACUCACAUGCUCACCAUAUACACCGUACCCGAAGUCAGAGUGACACCACAGUUCCAAUCCAAGCGACCGAAGGGAACAGCGAAGAUGAGGUGCCAUGUGAUAGGUGAGCCUCUCCCACGUGUAAGAUGGCUGAAAAACGACAAACCCCUAAGCGAGGAUCAGCCAGACAAGUACGAAGUGAUCGGGAACGGUACCAAAUUGCUAAUCAGGAAGGUCGAUUAUGCUGACACCGGGGCUUAUAUGUGUGAAGCGACCAGCGCUGGAGGACUAACGAGAGACAUCAGCAGUUUAGUGAUUCAGGAGCAACCUACACCGAUUGCGACAGACGAAGAGCGCAGAUUCUUAUCUUUUCACGAGUGGGGUAUUUUAGUGUACGAGCCGUCUACUUGUCACGCGCUACACGAAAUUCAUUCCACAGACAUCAUACCUGGUACCCAGGAAUACGUUUGCGGACCUAAAAAUGUUCCGUGUUCUUGGGGACGUGCCAUAAACGUUGCUGAUAGAUACGUGUAUGUUAGUCAACCGGAUAAAAACCGUGUGCUUGUGAUCAGCGAAGUGCAAAUGAUGAUAAUCGAUGUAGUAGCUACAGACAAAAACCCAGUCGAUUUGUGGUAUGUACCAAAUUUUGACUACGUCUGGAUAUUAAACUGGAGAAGUGAAAUGGAUGUCGGCAUCAAGACCGUGCAAAUAAUCAAGGAAGCUGCUCAGCGAAAGAAACAUCAUACCAUGAGACCAGAGCCUAUCGAUGCACAAUUCGAUCUUGUGAAAGGCUUGUAUAUUCCUCAGCAACAAGAUACAAAACACAUAUUCAAAUACGGCUAUGUCACCCAUACGAAUCAGCAUGGGAUGUAUAAGCUAGAUCUAGUCAACAUGAGAUACACUCGUACCGUGAACUUGGCCAGUUACAACUGCGUGCCAACAAGCAUGGAAUUCUCCGAUCUCUAUGGUUUUGUGAUAUUGGAAUGCGAAGAGCCGAUCACUGGUCGACCAACUGGUCAAGUACUAUUAGACUACCUUACUGAUAGUGUACUCGCUCAUAAACCAAGUAUUCUGGGAAAACCAGCGAUUUCUCCCGAUUCCAGAUACCUGGUUACUCUAGACAAGCAAAACACCGGUGUCACUCUGGUGGUGCAAGAGAUAUUACCAAGCGGACUAAAAUUCGCUUUUGACGUGAAAACAACUUUAAAUAUCAGCGACAUUGCCUUCUAUCCAUCACAAACGACACAUAGUUACGACAUAUAUGCUUCGUCGAUAGACAAAGAAGACAUCCUCUUUUUAGAUUUAACUACUGGAAAAGUGGAAAUGAUAACAGGCGUGGGAAAAGCAACACCACCACAUCUCACCAAAUGGGGUAAUCCAAAUAGACCGAUAAUACAAAGCGGUAUAUUUGGUCGAUAUAUGGUAAGCCCCUCCAACCAGGCGCUCUUUGUUCUCAAUGGAGAGACCCGUACGGUGAAUUGCGAGAUUGGUGGCCUUAUACAUCCCGGCGCGAUUGUUUGGUUCACUGUUUCAUUGCGUUAAUGAAUGUAGCUUCGUGACGACGACAAUACGAGACGUACGUAUAUAAAUUGAGCGUAGGGAUCCGAGCGGUACCAAAAGCUAGGUACCGAAAAACUUUAGGCGGAAUUAAAAGUAAUAUAGAGAAAUAAACUGCGAUAAAUGCUUUCAUCUUCCCUAGAUAGUUAUUUUUAAAAUAAAUGUCUCACGUUUAAAUAUUUUGACUGCACUGUAAUUAAAAAAAACAGCAACGUUAACUACAAAGUAGUAAUUCCCGAGAGCGACAUGAUAUCAACCGUGCAAUAUCUACGUAAUAUUUUAAAAGAUUGAUAAAAAUUUGUCUAUAUAACAAUUAAGAUCUAUUAUUAUUCAAAAUUAGAUAUUGAUAGAUUUAAAAAUUUAUUUCAUAUCAAUCAAAUCAAAUUAUUUGAGUAUUAAUGAAGUAUGAAUAUUAAAGGAAAAAAGACGAAACUGAGAUGACAAACGAUACAAAUUUUUGAAUCAAUAUCUAUAAUAACAGUUCUUAGUUGUUAUAUAGACAAAAUUCUUAUCAAUAUCUUUUAAAAUAUUAUCACGGAACUAUUGUAAAAAAUAAUACGAAAUAAUUUAAUGAAAUUGUCAUGUAUUAUUAUUCGCAUGAAAAGAAUUUUGUUAGUCAGACAAUUUCACGUUUUUAGAAUUGUGAUAAUAAAAAUAAAAUGUAAAUUAUUACGAAUGCAUAUCAAAUGUUAACUGCCAAAUUAUCAAAUAUUAAUUAUUUACAAAUUUCACUAUCGCUGUAUCUUUGAUGGACAAGCAGUCAUAAUACCAAGAAUUUAAGUCAAUAUAUUUUUUAGACCAAAUCAGAUUUUAAUACCACAGAUAUUUGAAAAUUACCUCUUAUAAUGAAAAAGUCACAAUUGAUGCAAAAUAUUUACAGCAAUUGAAUAGUAAAAAUUCAAAUUGCAUCAAUUUUAAUUCUUGAUCUGCACACGAUACAUGUUGACAAUGUUUAUCUAGAGAAGAUGAAGAAAUUAUGUCAUAACAUCGAGUGUAUGAGAAUAAUAUGAGAAUAACGAGCGAUAAAAAACAUAAACGACGAAAGAACGGCCGUAAGAGAGGAACAAAAAGAAUAAUAUUAAGUUA